AUGGUGAGACACACUACGGGUCGCCGAAAGCAAGAAAUGAAGAAGAUGACCAACGAGAAGAAUCUCCAAGUGACAUUUUCCAAGCGUAAAAAUAACAUUUUCAAAAAGGCUAGUGAACUUUCCAUCCUCUGCGAUGUGGAAAUCGUUAUCAUAGUGUUCUCUCCAGCGAACAAGGCAUUCGCAUUCGGCAACCCUUCAGUCGAGUCUGUACUCAAUCGUUACCUCAGUGAAAACCCGCCCCCUAUGUCGGGAACUUUGCAGCUUGCUGAGGCAUAUCGUAGGUCGAAUGUUCGCAACCUUAAUUCAGAACUCACUCAGGUGGUUAACGAAUUAGAAGCGGAGAAAAAGCGCGCAGAGGAUUUGAGGAAGAUGAGAUUGGCUAGCCAGGCAGAGUGCUGGUGGGAGAAGCCAAUUGAGGAGCAAAGUGUGGAAGAGCUUCAGCGGUUUAAGCGCGCGCUGGAAAACUUGCGGGAGAAUAUUGCACAAGAAGCUCAGGCUUUGGAGUUCCAAAGUUCUCCACAAUUUGGGACUAAAAAUGAUGAAUUUGAUGCUGGAUUUGGGAUUUGA